GCUCGAAACGCGGCGCGUUACGCCACGGAUCCAGUCCUCUGGCGUUCCGCAACAGGACCUGACACGCUACCGUCGGCCCUAGGCCCGCUACACAGCUGCUCCGAGCUUCGUGGCCCGUAAAAUUUGACCUAGCAACCAAAAACAAGGGCUGCCACUCUGAACUGCUUGCGGGGCGCCGCGCGACGACGACGACGCAAGCCACGAUGGCCGACCUCCCGCCCCGCGCGCCACCACCCCGCACGGACUCGCGCGACUCCCUCCUCUGCUCCGAGGCGAGCGACCCGCCCGAGCCCAAGUGGUGGCUGCUGGAAUGGAUGAAUUAUUUGAUCAUGGCCAUCUUCCUCGGUUCUGUAUGCUAUCAUGUACAACAGACGACCUUCGCGCCGAAACUCCAACGGGACGCGACGUCGUUACUACCGAUGUUGACCAUUUGGUCGUGCUGCAUGGCCUACUUCUUCGGUUUUUUUGGGAUCAGUUUCGUCGACAAGGAUGAAGACCUAUUGAUGGAGUUCGAACACACACCGUGGGAACCUACAAAUGUGGAGGAAUUACCUCGGACGCUCGGGAGCAUCGUCGAGGACACUGGUGCGAUGACGCACACGCCGUCGCAGACGACGCCGCGGGCGCUCUCUACUAAUGAAGAGGAGCCCGUGCAGGACGCAUUAAGGAAUGCUGAUGAUGCGGAGCGCGUCGCGGCGGUGCUCGCGCGUUCGCGUUCACUAAAGGUGGACGUCGUGGGACCCAUAAGCGUUGAUGGGAGAGAAACGCUCGUGCCGCUCGCCGACUAUAGUGAUAUAGCGCGCCUCGUCGGCCGGGGCGCGCGCGUCCUGCGGCUGGCCGGCGGAUGUAUAACAGCGGCCGGCAAGAUCCGGGAGGUCGAGAUCGGCGUCUGCGUCGCCUGUCCCACGCUGGCGACGGCCCAAAGCCUGACCGACGCCGCUUUAGCAAGAGCGGCGCUCGCGCGCAAGGCCCCGGGCGCCGACCCCGUCGCGAUCGUCGACGCGACGCGGAUCGGGCGGUGCUGCUACGCGCGCGUGGCCUGCGCCGACGCGGCGCGGGCCGUCGACGCCGUCCGGAGGCUGAACCUCCCGAAGAACGCGCGCGUCGCGGCCGUGUCGCCGCCGUCGUCCCAAACCUCGCAGAUCGCGUGCGAGGCGACGGUCCCGGGGCCGCUUCUGAAAAGACUCCUGGGCGCGAGCGUCGCGGAUUUGUGCGCCGCGUCGGCGCGGCGCGGCGCCGGCGCGGGCGCGGCGCCCGUCUGGCGCGCCGACGGCCGCGCGCGCGCGGUCCUGGACGCGGUCGCGCGCGCGACGGGCGGGCCGGCGUUCGAGGGGGCCGUCGCGUGCGCCGUCGAGCCCGCGAACCGGGGCCGCGACGCGCACUGCUCGCUCCACGUCGAGGGCGUCGCUGCGGGCGGCGGCGGCGCGUUCGCUGCUUUGUUAGAUCUGCGCGGCGCGGCGCUCGAUGGCGCGCGCGUCCGCGCGGCGGCUUGUUUGGCUGCUGAGCUGGCGGGGCUCGCCGACGACGUGGCUUGCUCCUCGUCGUCAGGGUCCUAACUUUUUGUGAAUCAUA